AUGCUUGUGGUGGAUGUGUGGGUGCUGGCUGGGCGUCCGGACAACUUUCUGCAGUGGGCGAGAAAGGCAGUUCCGACGCUUAUUGGUGCCAACGUGAGCGGGACCUGCUUGUUCAACGCGCUGCAGCAAGCUGUGCAGCUACUGGGUGAGCCAUCAGCACGUGGAUCUGAUUUUUCUCGCGGCGUCCGCUGGAAGGUACUCAAGGCGUUUCUGUCCCAGCUGGAGCCGUACUGGACACAGUGGCAUUGCGGGCAUCAAGCGUCUGAAGCUCGAAGAUGGAUUCUAGAUUGUGACUGCCAGCAACACCAUGGGCGUCGGGCACGCGCUCGUCCUGGAGGUGCAGGGUCACAACUCUGGAGGCUUAAGCAGAUUAUACAUUUGCUUCUUUUGACUUUGUCAUUCAUUUUCACAUUAAUAUUGUUAUUCGGUGGCUGUGUACCAGGGAAACCUCAGGAUAACCCAACACUAUCCUGUGACUCAUUGAUAUUGUGA